GGGAGAAGUGUUCGCCGCCAUCUUAACAUCGCCGCUGCUGCUUGUUGCGGCCGCGUCUGAGGAGAGAGCGAAAGACUUUGGAGCUGACCCGGGCCGGAAAGAGACCUCUGGGGUCUAACGGCCAAAGGGGAGGGGGAGGCUGUGAUCGAAUUCUCUGCCUGCUAGAAGCCCUUCUCCACUAGCAGCUCCUGUGUCUCGGGGUGGUGGGGAGCCCACCCGUUUGGGCCAGCCAUGGAUCCGGCGUUCCCCAAUCCAUCCCAGGACCCAAGCCAAGAGGACGGCAUGGCCUCGGAUGACUUUGAUAUCGUGAUAGAGGCCAUGUUGGAGGCCCCGUACAAGAAAGAGGAGGCCCAGCCAGGACCCUCAAAGUCACCAGCUGAUCCCCCCACAGCACAGCCACCUCAGGAGGAGCAAGCAAAGGACGCAAAGAAAGAAAGUGCCCCCAGCAGCAGCGGGGAAAGCAGCAGCAAAAAGAAGAGGAGCAAGAGUCGUAGCAGGAGCCGUGACCACAGACAUAGCCGCAGUCGGGACCGAGACCGCCACCGCAGGCGCAGCCGCAGCAGAGAUCGCCGUAGCCGCCACCGGAGCAGAAGCCGCCACCGGAGCCGCAGCCGGGACCGCAGGCGGGGCAGCCGGUCUCGCAGCAGAGAGCGCCGGCGGGACGAGAGAGUGCGCUACCGGAGCCCCCCACCCCCUGGGCGUCGGUUUGGGCACAGCAAGAGUCCCUUGUACAGAGAGAAAAGCCCCCUCCGGGAGCCCUUGGGCAGUUUGAGCCCAGAGGAGCGUGAUGCCCGCACUGUCUUCUGCAUGCAGCUGGCUGCCCGCAUUCGCCCACGUGACCUUGAGGACUUUUUCUCCGCUGUCGGCAAGGUGCGCGAUGUGCGGAUCAUCUCCGACCGAAACUCCCGCCGCUCCAAGGGCAUCGCCUACGUGGAGUUCUGUGAGAUCCAGUCGGUACCGUUGGCCAUUGGGCUGACAGGCCAGCGCCUCCUCGGGGUGCCCAUCAUUGUCCAGGCCUCCCAGGCAGAGAAGAACCGGCUGGCAGCCAUGGCUAACAACCUUCAGAAAGGCAGUGGGGGGCCCAUGCGGCUCUACGUUGGCUCCCUUCACUGCAACAUCACCAAAGAGAUGCUGCGUGGGAUCUUUGAGCCCUUUGGCAAGAUUGACAGCAUUGUGCUGAUGCGUGACCAGGAUACCGGGCAGUCCAAGGGCUAUGGCUUCAUCACGUUUGCAGAGGCUGAGUGUGCCCGCCGUGCCCUGGAGCAGCUAAAUGGUUUCGAGCUCGCCGGCCGACCCAUGCGGGUGGGGCAGGUCACUGAGCGGCUGGACGGCACCACCGACAUCACCUUCCCAGAUGGUGAUGAGCCCGAGCGGUCGGCCCUUAAUCUCAGCACCACUGGCUCCCAGCUCCAGCUCAUGGCCAAACUGGCAGAAGCAGGUUCCGGGAUCCCAUUGUCAACUACAGCCGCGGCUCAGGCGGCCCUGCAGCUCAAUGGAGCGAUACCCCUGGGAGCACUGAACCCAGCUGCCCUGACAGCUCUCAGCCCAGCACUGAACCUGGCUUCACAGACGUUGGCUUCCCAGUGCUUCCAGCUUUCGGGCCUCUUCACUCCCCAGACAAUGUAACUCAGCCCGGUUCCCCCCCUGCCCUCCCUCUCCCACGGAGCCAGGAGGGGAAUGAUCAUCUCCACAUCACCACCACAUCACCGCCCUCAAUGAAUGCAAGGCAGAGCGGGAUGGACUCUGAAGGAACACCCCCUCCUCCUCGGGGCCCCUUCUCAAUGCGAACUGAUUUUACUCCGAUUCCCUUCCCACCAGGAGCCUGGGGGUGGGAGGGGGUUGGUGUUUUCUCCCUUGAUUCUGGAAUCAUAAUCAAAUGGGGGGGGGUUGCAUUAAAUCCCCUGCAUGGGACCCUCAGGAGGACCAGGGACCCGUUUCCCCCACAGACGUGGGCUCUCAGCAUCUCUUCUUGUUUUUUUGCCGCCUCCUGGCAGAGGCCCUGCAGGGCUUGCAGCGCCAGGGUGUACAUUUGCCAUUCCUCUUUCCCACCCUCUGCUCUCUCUCCAGUGGCGUGGCGUGGGUAUUUGCUGGACGGCUUCAUGAAUUGAGCUCAUUGCAGAUGGGUGUGCGCGUGUGUCUUGUACAUAGCAGAGAGGGAGGAAAUGGGGAGAGUCGAGAACCAGCAUUUGGGUGGGAGGCCUGGCCCUGAGGGGAUAUCCCCCCCUCCUUCCCAAGCAGUGUUUUGUAAUCCCCUCUCAAUCUCUCUUGAGGUUGCCUAUAGUGUGGGGAUGUCGUCCCGUUCCUCCCUUUCCUUUCCCUCGCCCCUCCUUUUUCUUGGGUCUGUAUCCUAUUCUUGAUGUUCCCAUUUUCUGCUGCACCUUCCCUCAAACGAGUCCCUUGGAUCACAUCUUUCCCAUUCCCCCUCCAUCCCCAAAUUUGAAGGUGUAUUUCGGUUUUCUUUUUAUCUGUCUCUUUAAUUUUUUUCUCUCUCUUUUUUUCUCUUUUUUGCUUAUAAAUGAAUAAUAAAAAGUCACCAAAUGUAGCUAGGUG